AUGUCCAAUACUCGUAGAACCCGUAGACCUCCACAAGAAGAAGAAGAUGCUUCAAAGUUAAAAUUUGGCGAAGAUUUCGAAGCCGAAGAAUUUCUGUUCAUUUCUGAAGUCGCACUGCUACUCGCGAAAACGCCAGAGAAUCAGAGGAACACAACCGUAUAUCAAAAGACCGCGGAAUAUGUCAAUUUAUUCACAAAGUUUCAUAAUGAAGAAUCCGUACGUGAGCUUCGAAAGACAUUGCUAAGAUACAAGCUUCACAAAUACGAGUUGGUUCAACUGGCGAAUCUAUGCUGCGAAGACGUCGAAGAGGCGAAAUCACUGAUUCCAAGGUGA